AGGUGAGCUCCUGGUUUGGAGAGCAAUGAACGACAUGGAAGCACAAGCAUUUCAGAGAGGCAGAGGAGUAAGGGUAAGAGGAGGACGAGGAGGCGGACGAGGAGGAGGAAGAGGUGGAAGGAGAGCAGUAAUCACUGAUGAAAUUCGGGCCACAGUGGUCGACCAUGUCGUGAACCAUGGUUUGACCAUGCAGGAGGCAGGCCAGAGGGUGCAACCAAAUAUUAGCCGCUACUCCGUUGCAUCCAUCAUACGGACGUUCAGGAGAGAAAAUAGAACUGAAAGAUUACCCCGGCGUGGUGGGAGGGAGCGUACCUUCUCAGAUGCACAGGAAACAGCAAUAGUCAACAUGGUUAUGGCAAAUAACGCAUUAACCAUAAGACAAAUAAGGAAUACAAUAAUCAAUGACCAAGUCACAUUCCCCAACAUUCUCACAGUUGGCCAGGCUACAGUGGACCGUGUUCUGAGGCGGAACGCACUAAGAAUGAAGCAGAUAUACAGAGUGCCGUUCAACAGAAACUCUGACAGAGUCAAAGAUUUGCGCCAUGACUAUGUGCAAAGAGUUCUUGAGCUAGAGGCAGCUGAGGAGUCGAAUACAUUUAUUUAUAUUGAUGAGGCUGGUUUCAACCUCUCCAAAACAAGGCGCAGGGGCAGAAACAUCAUUGGACAACGCGCCAUUAUCAAUGUCCCUGGCCAGCGGGGAGGGAAUAUCACUCUGUGUGCUGCCAUAAACCACAACGGCAUCCUCCAUCACCACUCAAUCAUUGGCCCCUACAACACUGCCCGUCUCCUCAUAUUCCUGGACACACUCCACAAAUCACUUAUUCCACCCGACCAAAUAGUCCAUGCAGAGCAGCCCAGAUGGAAGGUAUACGAACGCAAUCCGCAGGCGCAGAUGCCCCUGAUACAGGCCAUGGAGGAGGCAUGUGGCAAUAUAGCCCCUGAGGCCUUUCAGGGCUGGAUUCGCCACACCAGGCGUUACUUUCCCCGCUGUCUGGCCAGAGAACAUAGCCUGUGA